AUGACGGAAGCUCCGGCAAAAUUUACGUUACCGAAGCUCCAAGAAAACGCUGGAGGAUGGGGUCCAGCUCCGCUGGAGAACUCCGACUCCAUGAAGAAGUUUGUUAACAUGCCAUUCCAGUUGUUCAACAAGUGUGAUCGUGUUGGAAGAAUCGUUGAUUGGCUUGGUGUAGAGCGCUACAAGAAGAGCGAUACUCGUAGGUGUUUGUAAACAAACUAUUUACGUUUUUUUUGUUAGUUUUGAUUAAAUUUUCUUUGGUUUUUAUUGUUAUAGGUGAACGUUACAAUGAGCGUAUGUAUGGAUCUUCUCAAAAUGCUGGAAGUCAAUUUGAUUAUGUUCAUGAUAACGAAGAGUCCAACUUCCAGCUGGUUGAUUCGUCCAAGCCACAAAAACCAGCAAGACCUUAUCGUAGAGCCCAAGUGCCAUUCAAGAGAUUGCUUCAGAAGGAACAAGAACGUCGCGAUCAACAGUUCUACAACCAGAGCAACAAAACCAAGCGGAGUAUCGCCAAGUAAGUUUCUUGUUGUUUGUUGUGUUUUUAGGUAUGGAAGGGAUUGAAUUGUGAAUUUGAAGAUGGUUUAGAUGUCAGAGAUGAUUAUAAUAAGGGUUUUUGAUUAAUUUAGGUGGAAAGCAGCUUAUUUUGAUCAUUAUUGAUUUACGUAUGGUAUAUCUAUUGGUCUCUUAGUAAAAUUGCAUAAUUAAGAGGAUGUUUUAUGUAUUUGAACCAAAUAAUUACUUUAAACAAACAUCCUAACUUAUAAAAUAUUACAAUUAUCUUUCCAGGGAACAAAACCGUGCUUACAAGUUAUGGCAAAGGCGCGGAGGUAUGCGUAAUGGCCAACCUAACCGCCAAAUGGGUGGACGUCGUUUCGGAGAUCGUCAAGGUGGCAAAGGACGUCAACCUUCAGUUCAAGUCAGGCCUGAUUGGAAGAUCCUGUGGGAUUUGGAGUUCUCUAGAUUGGCCAAGUUGUCUUUGCCAAACAUUGAGGGUCAGGAUAUGUAAGUUUAUUUUUUAUAUGGCUUCUAAGUAUCAAUGAGUUUUUAUACAACGCCUUUGUUUUUAACAUGAUGGUUUUUAUGGAUUAAAGUAUUAAUUUUCAUUUCAGCAAGGGCGAAAACUAUGGCAUCUUGUACUACUACGAUAAGAGCUUGGAUAAGGUGACUGUGAAGAACGCUGUACCUCUUCAACGCUGUAGUGGUAUCUUCUACAAUACAUCGACCACUGAAGAUCCUGUUAUCAUGAAGUUGGCUCAAAGAAACGAAGGAAACGUCUUUGCUACUGAUAUUAUUCUAGCUACAUUGAUGUCGGCACAAAGAUCGUCGUAUUCAUGGGACAUUGUAGCUCAUCGUGUAGCCGAUAAAUUGUUUUUGGAUAAAAGAGAUACUGGAGAUAUUUCCAACCCAGUCGGUAUGCGAUUUUUUUGUUUUUGAUUAAAUGGUUGAUUGGUGUCGCAAUUAAUACUCAGAUACAAAGGGAUAUAAUUAUGCUAAUUCAUUAUUAUUUUAGACGCCUUGACUGUUAGCGAAACAGCCGUAGACCCGCCAACCUGGGACUUGUCUGUUCCCCUUAACAACGCCCAAGAUUUGGCCACUGAAGCCCUUUUCAUCAACCAAAACUUCCGUCGUUUAUGUUUGAAGAGAAGUGAAAAGCCAAUUACUUUUGAUCAUCCAAGAGCUUUGUUCGAAGAUGAUUCUCCAGACUCAAGAGCUGAUUGUCUUUACAAAUACAGAAAAUGGAAUUUGGGAACGUCGGAACAAGGAAAACCAAUCACUUUGGUCGCGAGAACAGAGAUUGAUGGUGCACUAGUACCCUCGGAUAAGGACAAAGAGCCACAGAAGUUGACCAUCAAGGCUUUCAACGAAUGGGAUAGUACUGUAAGUUUUGGAAUUUUUAUGUUUGACUUUUAGUUAUAAGUCAAAAUAUUUUUAUUCGUUUUUGAUAAGAUCACGGAAUGAAGAGUAAUUUUUAUAUCUUUACUAUGUGAUUUUAUAUUGUAGCACUGUUAAUUACAUGGUUAACUUCAUAUUAUUUUAUUUUUUCAGCAGGCCGGUGGUGUCCGUUGGCGUGGCAAGCUCGACGCCCAGAAGGCAGCCGUUUUGGCCACAGAAAUCAAGAACAACGGAUGCAAGUUGGCCAAAUGGACCCUCCAAGCCAUACUCUCCAACUCUGAUUACCUUAAGUUCGGCUAUGUCAGCCGUGUGUCGCCUCGCAACAGUGCCCAACACGAAAUCUUGGGCAUGCAACAGUUCCGCCCUCAAGACUUUGCCAACAACAUCUCUUUGAACAUGGACAACUCAUGGGGAAUCCUGAGAGUAAUCUGCGAGUUCCUGUUGAAACAAGAGCCUGGAAAGUAUUUGUUAUUAAAAGACCCGCUUCAGCCUGUUGUACGUAUAUACAGUCUGCCAGAAGGCACCUUCGACUCGGACGAUGAAGGCGAAAGCGACGAGGAAGACGACGAAGAUGAACAAUAA